AUGCUCAGUAGGGAAGACAGAGAAUACGAUAAACGUGUCCGAUCUCUGAAACAGCACAAAAAGAAAAGGAAAUUAAGUAAGGAUAAUGAUGAUAAAAAUGACCUACAAACCCUAAAGAAAAUUCGCCAGGACAAAGUGGAACUUGUCGAAACAACCCUAAAGGAAAAAAAUUCCAAACAAAAAUUAUUUAUAUAUGGAAAUUACAAUAGAUACUACGGUUAUAGAAAUCAAUCAACACAUGAUGGUAGGUUAGAUUCAUGGAAUCACCAAUGGUUUCAAGGGAAAGAUUGUCUCGAUAUUGGAUGCAAUGAUGGCCAUUUAACCAUAGAAAUUGCUAAAAAAUUCAAUCCCAAUACCAUCGUUGGCAUUGACAUUGAUGCCUCAUUAAUUACACGAGCUCGUUCAAAUAUUACGCGAAUUAAUUCAACCAAGAAUCAUCAAUUUCCUAUAUCAUUUGGCAUUUGUCAUGGACCUAUAGUUGAUACUUGCAACGAUGAUAGUACACUCUAUCCAAGAAACAUCUUAUUUAAGCAGGAGAACUACAUUAAAGAAUCAAUGGAAAGUAUUAAUGAAGAAAAACCACUAUAUGAUGUUAUUUUAUGCCUAAGUUUAACAAAAUGGAUCCAUCUCAACUGGGGUGAUGAAGGUGUCAAAAAACUAUUCAAACGUAUAUUUAUGAAUUUACGUCAUGAUGGUAUCCUAAUCCUAGAGCCUCAAUCUAUCGAAUCUUACAAAAAGAAAAAACGUUUAUCUGCGACUUUUCGUAAAAACUUUGAUGAAAUCAAGUUAAUGCCCGAUCAGUUUAACGAUUAUUUACUAUCUGAAGAAAUCGGAUUCUCAUCAUGCCAAACACUUCCCAUUCCAAACGACGCUGUUAAAGGUAUGUGA